AUGAGCACACCGCAACCAGGACCGCCGCAAGGCUUUCCUCCUUCACACCAGCAACAGCAACAGCAUCCACCAGGCCCGCCAGGUCUACCAGGACCUCCAGACAUGAUGGGCGGCGGACCUCCACCUCCUGGCCCUCCUGGUGUUCCACAGCUUCCUCCUCAGAUGUUCACGACUGCCGCUCAGUUACUGGACUUGACUGACAAGAAACUCAUGGUCGCAUUACGAGAUGGCAGAAAAUUGCUAGGUGUUCUGAGGAGUUGGGAUCAAUUCGGCAAUCUGGUUCUACAGAAUACGGUUGAAAGGCUGUUCGUGCAGAAUCUGUAUGCUGAUGUGGAGAGGGGUCUGUUCCUGGUGAGAGGCGAGAAUGUUAGUUUGCUUGGGGAGAUAGAUCUAGAUAAAGACGACUACAUCCCCUCGCCUUUCAAGCAGGCACCUGUCGAGCAGGUCUUCGCGUUGAAGAAAGCUGAAGAGGCCGAGCGCAAAGUGCAUGACAAGAGCCGGUCACGAAGACUUGCAGCCGAAGGAUUUGAAGGCGAGCAUAAUGGGGAGGCGAUCAUAUGA